AUGGCAGACGGCAAGCCAUGGCUGCAAACGCUGCAAAACAACAGAGAAUCAGAUCUGGUUCCUAGAUACUAUUUCGAGAAACCUCUCGCCCGAGCAGACAGCACCUAUUCCACGACCUCGAACCUCAGCGAGCGCUCAAGAACGACACCUCUUUCCAGACUCCUGCUCUCCGGAGAGGUCAGCGGUGAAGCACCUAGGGACUUGACAUUGCUGGAAAAGGUGGACAGAUGGAUGGUCAAUGAGGGUUCACGACGGAUAUCAGUCGCAGUUUUCAUCCUUGUCCAUGCAAUGAUCUUCACAUUCGCUUUCGUUCACUACCAGCUGAAGGACAACCUGACAGGACCCAGGGCAACAUUCGGCCUUACCUACCCUACUGCGAGGGCAGCAGCAUUAGUGCUCUUCGUCGAUAUAGCGCUGGUCCUCUUUCCAGUCUGUCGCACGUUGAUCUCGUUAUUACGACAGACUCCACUAAACGGUAUCAUCCAAUUCGAUAAGAACAUCACCUUUCACAAACUGGUGGCUUACUCUAUCGUCUUCUUUACAUGGCUACACACAAUUGCGCACUGGAACAACUUCGCGCAACUGGCUGCCAAACAGAAACUCGGCUUCGUGGGCUUCCUGAAGAUCAACUUUUUGACCGGGCCUGGCUGGUCAGGAUAUGUCAUGCUUUUCGCCCUGAUGGCCAUGCUAGCCACUGCAAUCGAGAAGCCACGGCGAGCCAACUACGAACGCUUUUGGUCAGUUCACCAUCUGUUCAUCGUGUUUUUUCUCUUCUGGGCUAUGCAUGGUAAUUUCUGUAUGAUCAAGAGCGACACAGCUCCCUUCUGUUCUGGCACUGGUGUAUUUUGGGAAUACUGGAUGUACGGCGGAUUCGCUUACCUCCUUGAGCGUAUCCUGCGGGAGAUUCGUGGCAGGCACAAAACUUUUAUCACGAAAGUCAUCCAGCACCCGAGUAAUGUUGUUGAGAUUCAGAUUCACAAGGAGAGAACGAAAAUGAGAGCUGGACAGUACAUCUUUCUUUGCUGUCCUGAGGUGUCGAUAUGGCAAUACCAUCCUUUCACGCUUACUUCGGCUCCAGACGAAGACCAUUUGUCAGUUCAUGUUCGUAUGGUCGGUAACUUUACAAAAGCCCUUGGAAAGGCACUCGGUUGUGAGCCGGAUGCUAAACUUGCUGGGAAUCGUGCGGAUAGAGCAAAGUCUCGUGUCGUUUCAAUGGCGCCUGGUGGUUUACAGAAGAUGCUCCCGAGGGUCUAUCUCGAUGGUCCCUUCGGUUCUGCCUCAGAAGACGUCUUCAAAUUCGAGACUGCAGUGCUCGUUGGUGCGGGUAUCGGAGUAACGCCGUUCGCAAGCAUUCUCAAGAGCAUAUGGUAUCGAAUGAACAGUACCAGCCCUGAUUCUCGAACUCGGCUACGCAAGGUGUAUUUCUUCUGGGUUUGCAGGGACUUUGGCACACUAGAAUGGUUCAAGAGCUUACUACAAGCCAUUGAAGAGCAGGACAAGGAGCACAAUAUCGAGAUACAUGCUUACCUCACAGCCAAGAUCUCAGCUGCCGAUGCUCAGAACAUCAUGCUUAACUCGUCGCAGUCAGACGCCAUCACAGGUCUGCACACGCCUACCAACUUUGGCCGUCCAAAUUGGGAUAUGGUGUUCCGCGGUAUCAAGAAAUUGCAUAGUCCAGGUGAAGCUGGUGUCUUCUUCUGUGGACCGAAAGGUCUCGGAAGUCAGUUACAUGUGAAAUGCAAUAUGUACAGCGAACCUGGUCGAAAGACGGGUUUCAGGUUUGUCUAUGGGAAGGAGAACUUCUAG